CAACAACCAUCGACCUUCUCGUCAAUCUUUUUCCAUCAGGAUCGUUGACGACACCCAGCCAAAAUGUCUGAGAAGGCCAACAACCCCAUGCGGGAGCUCCGCAUCCAGAAGCUCGUCCUGAACAUCUCGGUCGGCGAGUCUGGUGACAGACUGACCCGUGCCGCCAAGGUGCUUGAGCAGCUGUCUGGUCAGACACCUGUCUACAGCAAGGCCCGCUACACCGUCCGUACCUUCGGUAUCCGCCGUAACGAGAAGAUUGCUGUCCACGUCACCGUUCGUGGCCCCAAGGCCGAGGAGAUUCUCGAGCGUGGCCUGAAGGUCAAGGAGUACGAGCUCCGCAAGCGCAACUUCAGCGAGACCGGCAACUUCGGCUUCGGUAUCUCUGAGCACAUUGAUCUCGGCAUCAAGUACGACCCCGGUAUCGGUAUCUACGGCAUGGACUUCUACUGCUGCAUGACCCGCCCUGGUGAGCGUGUUGUCCGCCGCCGGCGCGCCAAGGGCCGUAUCGGUGCCUCUCACCGCAUCACCCGUGACGACACCGUCCGUUGGUUCAAGCAGCGCUUCGAUGCCGUUGUCCGAUAAAUCGGUCACCCUCACCGCGGAGGAAUCGGUUCUCCCAAAAGAACCAACACGAUAUCACAAAAAAGGAGUUUCUGAGUGCUUUUUGACAUUGGGACAUGGCGUGGCAUCUGAUCUGGAGAUUGCUGAUGGAAAUGGUUUUCACGGAAGUUUGGUUCAGAUUUGAAUCCUUGACGAUCCUCACUCGUCAAUCUAGCUCGCUCCUGAAAUGUCAUCAGUCGAGCUACGGCCUCAG